AUGUCUCUAGUGAGCGAGGAGAUUCGGGCCAGGGCCUCAGAAAUGUACAGCGGGGACGAGAUGUGCCAGGCCAAGUCCAAAUUUCUGCUGACCGAAAUGGGCCUGCCCAAUGGGCUUCUCCCGCUCGAGGACAUGGAGGAGUGUGGGUACGUGAAGGACACGGGCUUUGUUUGGCUGAGGCAGAAAAAGAAGCGCGAUCACAAGUUCCCAAAGGUCGGGAAGUACGUUCAGUACGGAAAAGAGGUCACUGCUUACGUGGAGCCCAACAGGAUCAAGAACCUGACAGGUGUCAAGGCCAAGGAGCUUCUCGUCUGGCUUAAUGUUAGCGAGAUCUACGUGGACGACCCGCUCACCGGGAAAAUCACUUUCCGAGCCCCGUCGGGGCUCAGCCGCACCUUUCCGGCAGCGGCCUUCCAGGUGGAGGAGGAGGCGGCAGCGGCGGCUGCCGGGAAAGAGGAGGGUCAUUUGAAGGAAGUGUAA